AUGACCACACCUUCGUCUUCUGCGGGACUGCCGCUCCGUCAAUUACGAUGGCCGCCGUUACCUGCUGUCGAUUUGCUCGAGGAAUGCCACUGGCUGGUCAACAUGGACGCCAGGAAUGCCAAUCCGACGAGAAAGUCGAAACAAUUUGAAGAACGAGCUCGUCAUAAGCUUGAUCUGCCAAACGGGGUGAUCAACAACAAAGAAUCGCGCAACCUCAGCAAGCAGAAUUCGCCGUAUCGUCGACAACUUUGCCGGCCGAAGCCACCUGCACCUUCGCCUGGAUCACCAGCUCAACGAGCGGCGAAAAGUAUCUUGAAGCUAAAGGAGGGGCUACUGCGUCUCGAUGGCACAACUCAGCCACAAGACACAUGUAUUCAAGGUGACAUUACCGGUGCUAACAUCACGCCAGUGCCACCGGUUAGCAGGUCAGGUAUUGACUCAUCGUUGAUAGCAAGUCUCGAAAUCCCCAGAGCAAGGAGUCCGAGUCCUAGCAGAGUGAAGACACCUGUACGUAGUCCAAGUAGAAAGAAGAAGAGGCCACCGACACGUGAAGAGCGUGAGCUUGCCGAGAAACGGGAACGACUCGCAGCUUGGCUCAAAGCUAACCCCGAUGCCGCCAGAGAUUUUGAAGACACUGGUCAAGGGUAUAAUUUGGUGGCACCUUACUCUGUGGAAGUUGAAUCUCGAAUCGAAUCGGUAAUGCAACGUCAAACUUCAUUUGAGUUGGGGGUGAGACUCUGGGACGACCCUGUACGCUCGUUGCUCGCAGCGGAGAUGACCAGUGAGUCAGUCUUUGGGGGUACUGUUCCGACGCGAGCCUUGGCCUUCCAGUCACCUGAACUUACCUCACCUUCGAGCAAAUCUCCACCAAAGCAGCAAUCCCCUGUUCACGGUGAGAAACCCUUUGUAUUUAUCAAUGCAGAUGAUCGGGACUUUAGUGAGGGACCUGUUGAAGUGGUUGACGCGGAACCUCACAUGUCCGAUCAUGCUCAAAAGGUGUUAGGCAUCGCUCGCGCCCAGGUCACUGAUGGUGCUGUUGGAGACGCUUUGGCCACCCUCGAAGCUGGCAUCCGUCAAUCCCUCUCGACGUCCCAGGCUCACCUGGAUGCUGCAAAUGGCUCACAUGGAGUGGGGUUUAACUACUCGGUGCUUGCUCAUAAAUGCGCGAUGAAGUUACAGAUCUACUACCGGGCACGGCAUCGCCGACGAGUCAAUCGGUUGAUACUUCUCCAGCGUCAAUGGCGUUGGUGGCACGCUCGAAGACGCGCAAUGAAGGCUUUUCAAUUUGCCAACCAGCAAGCGAUGAUCAUCCAGUGUCACUACAGACCUUGGUACACACACGUCACACAAGAGCGCAGCGCUGUGCGGAUCCAGCACUGCUUCCGCAUGUUCGAGAGUCAGAAGUUCCUUAUCCGCUUCCAGCAAGUCUGUCGACUGCUCCUGGUGAAAAAAACUCACCGUCGACAGGUCAAGAAUCGGAUACGAAUAAUCGGGAGACUAAUUUUCCGGUUCAAGAAACGUCGACGACAAAUUGCUCUUAUCCAAAAUCUCUGGCGUCGUCGUUGCGCUCAAGCUCAGCUUGCCUCAUUACUUAUUCGAGCCAUCGCGGUGGAGCGUGGUCGACGUGCCCGGGAGGACGCAUUUGUUGCUGGAAAACUAGAACAAGCUCGAAUUCACUUUCGGGAGUUCCUGAGGAACACGAAACGAGGGAAGGAACUAGUGCGUUGGCAAGCGGAGAAACCGUGGCUGCGUUUUCGACGCUUGCGGUAUUACACAAAACCCUGGGACGAGCUGCCAAUAUUCGAUAAAAUUGAGGUUAUUGCUAGGAUUCUGCCGAGUCGCACCUUUCAAGGUUUGCAAGAGCGAGCGCUUUGUCAAAUGCUGAUAGGGAAGGACAAGCAGUUGCCAGCACUCCCAAACGUACUGAGGGUAUCAGUGGAAGAGCUUAGAUUCCUUGAUGCUACGUCGGAUAUACCACCUUUUCAAAAGGUUGUUGAAAGCGGUUGUUGCCCGUGGAAGGCUGUUGUUCGUGAGAAACUGGGGCGUAUUGGUGCGAAGAUGGCGCGUCAAGCACCAGCGCUGUGGUGGACUAUGGCUAUGUACCCGAAAGAGUAUUGCGCAGCUCGGAUUUGGCCCGUUCGGACGCGUCGGCGAGAUCUGGCACGACUACAACUUGAGGACGACUUUGCGCGAGUGCUCACGUCUUUCUUGCGCGUAUGGUUCCAUCGCAUCGAUAGCAAGACAAACACCCCACGAUAUGCGUGUGAAUGGUGCUCCGAGCCUUUUGCCACAGUUCGCGAGUUUUACGCGCAUGGCAAGUGUGCAACAGCUCGAGCACGAGCAGAAGCAGAAUGGGCGACAAUGAGCAGCGACCUGCAGUUUUUACGUCGUAAGAAGUGGCGGGUCUCGAAGCAACAAGACGAUGUUCCCGUUUGGACGGAUAACUACGCGUUCGACUUGGAGGCAGCUUCAGUACGCCGUCUUAGACGCACACGUAGCCAUCGGAAGGCACUGAGACCACCGAGCACCAGCUUGUGCGAUGGAGCACACUUAUCGGGUCGAUGGAGGUGGAGAGUGUGAGGCAGACGCCUGAAGGCUCCGGACGCGAAAGUCGUUGGAUACGCAAGGACGAUCUGCGUUCGCGUUUGAUAGUUAGAAGCGAGUGGAGGGGGAUCUUGAGUCGGUGGCGUCGAGUUCUUGGUCGUCGAGCAGUGAAUUAUCGCCCGUUAUUGGUAGGAAAUGAAGUCGCGUCGAAGUUAAAAGUUGAUCGUUUCAACCGCAUUGCUUCGAAGUGGAAGGAGCUGCAGAUUCGGGUGAGACGAACGGUAUUUGGACGACAAGGGUCGAAGACAGCUCAACAAACACCUUAGGGAUCCGUCUGUUGCGAACAGUUAAGUCAUGGAUACCGGUAAUCGAUUCUUGAUCACCUCAUACAGUUGCGAUACAUGUUCGAACAAGUGCAGUGUCAAUACACUCGACCAUUUCCGUUCUCUUCGUUGAAGUUUUACCAGCUCCACCCACUUGUGUGAGCCCGUGACGUGCAGACUGCAACAUGUACAUGCAUAGCCGAAUUGCAGGGGCUUCGAAAUUCGGAAUCCCAAAGCAAGGAAGCAAUGGCUUCGUCUCGGAGUCCGCACGCGACGAGGCCGGCAGUUCAACCUGUUCUGCAAGCGGUUGUGGCUCGCGUGUUGCCCGCUGCGACGUGGCUGUGCUGUUGCGAGUCGAACAGAGUGUGGACGGCGCAUUCGUCAGAAUUGUGGGAGCUCGAGCUCCGAUACGCUGGGCAAGGUGAAACUGGAGCUGUCCCGGCUUCCGGACGGGUGGUGCGGAGGCUCUCGCCCCAAGCAGCGUCGUAGACGACGUAGACGAGCCUCGAGCGGAGCAUUGCCGCUCGCAAUACAAAAUGCAAGUCGCAGCACUCGUCGACUUCAAGCUGUACGCAUCCUCGGCGAGAGCGCUCUGCCACGAGCGCGACGUCACCCCGUUCAGCGACCGGGCUCAGCAGCCUGGGCUGGAGAUGGAUAAAUGCCUCCGCCGGCUGAGGCGAGGUAAGCAUUGCCAUUGUCAGAGCGGCGGCAGCGAGGCUGGGUUGACCAGCAUCGAAGGCAACAAAUACAGAUGCAUGUACUUCAACCUACUCUGCUAUUGCGACCCUUGAUGUUUUGUUUCCGCCGCAAGGACAUGCAUGGCAAUCGACCGCGACGCAAGGCUGGGAGCGAGGCAUUAGUAUGAGCAACAUCGGCAACGGGAGGCAUGCCUUCGAGAGCAAUGAAGUACUUGGCAAGGUUGGGACAAACAGAUUAUAGAUAUCCCCAAGAACGGAUCCAGUAACGGUGGCUGGCUGGUUUCACACUCGCUUAGGAAGACUCA